AUCUUUAGAAGAAAACCUACAGUCAUACAGAGAAGGUUGAAGAGACGAGUCUAAAACAAAAUCAUAUCAUCUGAAGACUGGAGAUGCUUGGAUUAUAUGAGAAGCUCACAUUCGUGGUGGUUGUGGCCGCUUUAGCCGUGGUGAGGUCCUCCCCGGUGGUGGUUCCCGAGCCCAUCCGCUGUGCUCCCUGCACGCAGCAGAAGCUGAGCGAGUGUCCCGCUAUCCCGGCGGACUGCAGGCAGGUGCUGAGGGAGCCCGGCUGUGGCUGCUGCAUGGCCUGCGCUCUGGAGAGAGGGGCUUCCUGUGGGGUUCACACGGCCCCGUGUGGGGAAGGUCUCCGCUGCACUCCCAGGCCCGGCGAGGCCAGACCACUCCAUGCUCUGACCAGAGGACAGGGAGUGUGCACUCAAGACCUGGGUCAUGAGGAAGCUGACAGAGUCCCUGAUCACAGCUCCCUGCAUUACCUGCUGGGGCUUAACCUUCCCUUUGACCACGACACAGCCGAGGGCCAAGAGAGUCUCAAGGCCAAAGUCAACGCCAUCCGCGACAACCUGGUGCAAGAGGGUCCCUGUCACAUUGAGCUGCACGCGGCGCUGGACAUGAUAGCCAGCUCGCAGCAGAAAUUAGGGGACAAAUUCACGACUUUCUACCUCCCCAACUGUGACAAGCACGGCUUCUACAAGGCCAAGCAGUGUGAGUCAUCUCUGGUUGGACCGCCGGCCCGCUGCUGGUGUGUCUCUUCUUGGAAUGGGAAGAAGCUUCCAGGAUCGAGUGACCUGCUCGGUGACUCAGAGUGUCAUCAAGAAGUCACUCACUAAGGAGGGACAUACUUUUGCGUGCAACAAACAAAACAAAAACACAAUACCAAACCUUUGGAGAUGCAAAUAAUCCUAUAGUGUAACUUAUUUACAUUAGGUAAAUGUAUAGAUCUAUUGUAAAGUAUUAUUUCAGAGAGGGGAAUUUCCUCUCAUUUUAUUUACAUGGUGUAUGUAUCUCAAACUUAUUUAUUUACUACUUGUAUAUUCUUACUAGCAUUAACCAUUUUUUUUCAUUUUUAGAUGUUUUAUAUGUUUGCCUACUUUUUUUUGAGUUGUAAAUAGGGCAACACUGUAUACAUUUGUGUUUCUGACUAAAUAACUCCACCACAUGUCCACGUCUUUGCCAAAGCCCAUUUCAGAGUCUUCAGGACGAUCCCCCCCCACCCCCGAUUCAUUCAAAACUGGAGCUGCGCGUGGCACGUAACAACACAGCCGCUCAUUCAUCCGACCUGUUGACAUUGUCUGAAUGUAUCUCCAUUGGCGUUUCCUCAAUGGGUAUUGGGAGGAAAUACUUAAACCGCCACAAGUAUGCGCACGGCGGCCAAGCACAAACAUAUCAUGGCUCAUCCAAACCACUGUGGGGUUCGGGAUGGGUCGUACAGCAUUUGUCUACCUCUGCUAGUCUCUGCAGGUCUGUGAGUUGAAUGGGGGAGGGAGGGCGGGGGCUACAACUUUCUUGCAUUAGGGAGAUUUAUUUGACCUACUUUAACAUCUAUUCUAGUAUUUAUUAUGUUCGUGUUUUUCUCUGCUGUCGAUUGUUAUUAUUUGCCAAGAAGGCUGCUAUUCCAUUGAAGGUUCUAUUCUAACCUGUGCUUAUUCUAAUUUUGUGUAUAUGCAUCCAAUUAAAAUUUUAUUUCACCAA